CUUCAAGUUCACGGCGAGCUCCCCAACUCCUUGAGGCUUCCAGAGACGUUGACGCCUUCAUUCUUGCCCAGAUCUGCUUGUGCUUCGUCGACCAGUCGUUUCUCGUCUGACCCGUCAAGCCCCUCUCCUCUCCAACUGAACAGCGAUGGCAGGCGUCCGGCAGACGAUGAAGGCAGCCCAAGGUGGGAUGAAUGAAUGAAGAAAGCAUCUGCAUCAUCGUCCGUCCCACCGGCGCCUGCCUUAUUGGGGUGUGCCCGGAUGUGGAUGUCUGUCUGAUCAGUGCGUGAGUUUGGCUCCAAGUUGGAGAUAUGCGAUGUGCCCAUCCCCGAGCCGGGCCACGAUGAAGUGCUGAUCGAGCUCAAGGCCUGCGGCGUCUGCCACACAGGUUGAGUGGGGGCGGCAGAAGGAUGAUUUAAGCUCUCUUCUCCACUCGUUGUGUGUUGUUCUUGCCUGCCUGCCUGCCUGCCUGUCUGCCUGUGUGUCCUGUGUGUCCUGUGUGUGUGUGGGUGCAGAUCUGCACGUGGUGGACGGCGAUUGGGAGGUCAAGGCCGACCUGCCGCGCACUCCUGGGCACGAGGGCAUCGGGGUGAGUGACGACAGACACACCGACACAUCUCUACCUGGGUCAGAAGGGUGGUCCUGAUGCUUGGGUGUCUGUCUGAUUUGUUGGGUCGUUGGGUCGGUCAGCAUGUGGUGUCGGUAGGCUCCUCCGUGACCAAUGUGAAAGUGGGGGAACGGGUCGGUGUCCCCUGGCUCUACAACACCUGCAUGGCCUGCCGUGACUGCCUGGGGGGAAACGAAAAUCUAUGCGCCAAGGGGGUGGGCAACGGGGGCACGGAUAAGAAAGAAAGAAACACACACGCACACAUGGCCGAUGGAUGGAUGCUCUCAUGGGAUCUCAUCCACUCCCUGGUGUGCUGUGCUGCCUGCAGCAACAACAGGCCGGCUUCUCAGUCAACGGAUGCUUCGCCGAGUUCGUUGUCGCCAAGGGACUCUUCGUCGCCAAGUAACAGAGGCCGACUAUGCCGCGGCAUCAUGCUGCGCUGCAUGCUUGGCAUCUCCGUGGUGUAGAAUCCCCGCCAAGCUGAGUGACAUCGAGGCUGUCCCCAUCAUGUGUGCGGGGGUCACAGUAUACCGUGGGCUCAAGGAGACCAACGUGAAGCCUUUCCAGACCGUCGUCAUUGCUGGUGCUGGUGGUGGACUGGGCCACGUGGCGGUGCAGUACGCCAAAACCAUGGCCUUGGUGGGGUGCCUUUCCACACGAGUGUUCCAUUGGUAUGAGUGCAUUUUUGUGUGUGUGUGUGUGUGUGUGGUGCAGAGAGUCAUCGGCAUUGGUGAAGAACAGCACCGAUAGCCACGUGUUGGUGUUGUGUGUUAUGCGUAGGCCUGUGUGCUCGCCCUGUGUGUGUCAGACGGUGGCGAUGAGAAGAUGAAGCUGCUCAAAGACCUCGGCUGCGACGAGACCAUCGACUUUAUGCAGGUCAAGGACGUGCCGGCGAGGGUGCUCGAGCUGACCCACGGCGACGGUGCUGAGGGCGCCCUGCUCGUGGCCGCCUCGCCCAGAGUGUUCUCACAGGCCAUCGAGUGAGUGUGUGAGUGGAGGAACUGAAUGGCAACAUCACAGCAGCUGGAAUGAACGCUUAUCUGCGGCUGUGUGUAGAUACCUGCGACCUGGAGGCACUGCUGUUGUCAUUGCGCUGCCGCCGGGGACCUUCCCGACGCCCAUCUUCAAAACCGUCCUCAAGGGACUGAACAUCAAGGGCAGGUGCGUGUGCCAGUAGGGAACACCACAGGACACCCCACCUGCUCGCCAUCAAACACCGUCUGCUGUCUGGUUGUUGUCCAUCAGCAUCGUGGGGACACGCCUCGACCUGCAGGUCAGUCAGGAGAUGAGUGAGAUGAGCCCCACUCAGCCGUGAAUUGUCGGGCUCUGUGUGUGUGUGUGUGUGUGUGUGUUGUCCGGCUGACCCCAACAUAUACCAUUCAUUCAGGAGGCGCUGGAUUUGGCGGCGAGAGGCGGAAUCCGCGCCCACAUCGAGACCAAGAGGCUCAGCGACGUCAACGACGCCCUGGACAUGCUGCGGCAGAUGAAAGUGAGCGGCCGACUCGUCCUUGACUACACCACGUGAGCUACCGAGAGGCCUGCGCUGACGACAUUGAAGCAUUUCCAGGAGUGGCUGUCGCAUGCUUGGGCGGGCUGGGCGGGGCUUGUAAGUGCUUUACUUGUGUGAAUGUCUGUCUGUCUGUGUCUGCACGUGUGUGUGUGUGUGUGUGUGUGAACGUGCUCCUGCCUGCCUGCCUGUGCAUUUGGGUGUCUUUUUCUUGGCACGUGUAUCCAAUUAAGCGGUGCUGGCAGGUAGGUAGGAAGGCAGGCAGGCAGGUGCGUGUCAGCGUGCGUCUUUUUAGCCCGAUCGAAGAGGCUUUGGUCGUCUGAGACAGGACGGCCUUUAGCUGUUGAGUGAGUGAGUUGUAAGUCAGUGUUUCUGAAGGAAGGGCAUGCAGACUGAAGCAGUCAGUGGCGGGGUGUUUUUUUUGGUGGUUGUAGCAAGCAGUGUAUUCAGUCCAUCGCGCCAUUGGCUGGCGUCUUUUUCUAUCUAGCGUUGCUCCGCUCCCUGCAGGCCUGGUUGCCUGUCUUUGCUAUGUAUGUUAGCAUGCGAGAGACCGUGCGACUGUCUGUGGUGUGAGGGGGGGACGCUGCCGGGUUGGUUGGGUGUGGGAGAGUGUAGGAGUGUAUGAUGUGUUGCAUCGCGCCAUUGGCGUUGCUCUCUGUCUGUCUGUCUGUCUGCCUGUUUUCCUAAACAUGCGAGAGACCCGUGCGACUGUCUGUGUGUCCGUCGAUGAAUGUGUGUCGGCCGAUUCACCGUUCAUCGAGAUGUGCACGGC